AUGGAGAGGCAACUUUCAGACGCAAGUGAACAACAAGGUAAUAGUCGUCCAGAUGAUCCUACAGAUGAUAUGUUUGGAGGUAAAAAUGUUUUGCGGAUGGAAAUUCCAAUUCAGAAUAUAGAAAUAGACCAGGAGAAGGGAAAACCAAGAUUAAAUAAGAAAAAUUUCAAAUCUGAGUUUUUUGAGAAAGUGAUGGCAUUAAGAAAUUCUGGAGAUGGAGUUCUAAUUAUAAGAAAUCAGAACUAUGAUGGAGUAGAUAAAACCAAUGACCCCUUGUACAAGGACCAGUUUACUACCAUGGUGAGUGAUGGAAUGCAACAAAUGGCUACAUACAGAGGAAAGGUGGGUGAAUUCCAGAGCUGGUACCAGUCAGUUUGGAAAGGGGAUGGGAAAUGGCUGCUCUAUUAUAUUAAAGAAGGUCUACAGUUUACUUUUCCACUUGAAUCAAAAGUUUACACUGUAAAUGAGAACAACCACAGAAAAGUUGGAAUUGAAGAAAUACAAAGACGCUUGCUACAAUCAACAAAAACACCACCAAACUAUCACCCUAGUGUCACACAUGUACAUUGUGAUGAAAAACAUGGAAAAUUGAGACUGGGAAAGAAAUGUUCCUAUCUGCAUGAAUCUACAAAUAUUCAGCUCAAGUCUUUUAAUGAUAUCAAUAGUAUGUGUAAAAACAUCAGAGAGUACACAACAGCAUUUUGUCAAAACAAAAAUGGAGGGAGCAUGUAUUUUGGAAUCGAAGAGAAACAAAACUCUGAAACGAAAAAAGGUUCAACUUGCAGUAAAACUCCUGUUGUUUGUGGAGUUCAAUUCAAUAAAGAUGAUGCUAUUCGUCAGGAAAUUAAGAAGACAAUGUCAGAAAAGAUGCUAUGGAUUAGACAUAAUGGAGAAAAUGCAGAUCCAGAUGAAAUAUGUCAAUAUUAUGAUGUACGAUUUCAUAAUGUAGAUCCUGAAAACAGAUCUAAAAAAGUUAUUGAGGUUUCUGUGGCAAAAUUUUAUGGAUGUGUGUUUUCUGAUGAACCCAAACCAUGUUAUCUUGAUGGAGGAGAGAUAAAAUACUACACGGUAAAGGAAUGGGUACAGAUAUUGAUGAAGGACCACCUGAAGGGCUAUA